AUGAUGCUAAGAUAUAAAAAUGCAAUUUGUAUUUUUGGAAAAUAUAUGCAGAAUAAUUUGCCUCUAAUGUUAGGUCCUAUUAACUAUCCAGUUCUUAAUGAUUCUUGUGAACAAGUCAGGUAUAUAAAAAAACAUUACAAUCCAAAAUUUCGUAAAGAAAGAGGACAAAAAUUUAUUAAAAUAGAGUUACCUGAUCUGGAAGAGAACAAUGACGAUUUAUCAGAAGACGUAGUGAGAACAAAAUUUAAGAAAUUCGGUAUUUAUCCACAAAGAAAUUGGAACGAAAGACCCGUUUUUGUUAAUUGCACAUCUCAAAUAUUUGAAUCCUACGUUGUCCCAGAAGGUGAUGGAAAAUUUUCUCCCAUCACUACAAUGGGUGCCAAACAAAAACUUGAAUAUUUAGGUAAAAAGAGUAAAUCUGUUAUGGCUCUUAGAAAGAUCAAAACAUAUGAAGAUGACUUUAAAACCAAAGAAUUUGUAGACAAAACAUUAGAUAUUUAUAAAAAAGCACAUGAAGCCUUAACUACUAAAGAUGAAGAUCAAAUAUUACAGUAUGUUACAGAAUAUGCAUAUCCUUUAAUGAUACAUAAUAUGAUGGAUAAAACAAUUGUUUGGAAAUUUGUGCAAUCUUUGGAACCAGCACGUAUUGUACAUGCAAGGGUUGCAAGUGCUGCAGUAAAAGACAAUUAUUUUGCACAAGUCACAGUUCGUUUUCAUACUCAACAGUUUUUAUGCAUUUACGAUAGAUUUGGGCGAUUGCUACUAGGUAGCGAAACGGUAAAAAAAGAUGUUUUGGAUUACAUAGUAUUUGAGAAAUAUUUAUCUAAUACAUAUGGUAUAUGGCGAGUUCAUGGAAAAAUUAUACCAAACUGGUUGACACCGGCAGAAGUUGCGUCGAAAACUUAUGUAUUGCCAGCGGAGGAAAAAAAUUCCUUACCUUCUAAGAGUGAUGUUGAAUCAGUUGCUCAAACAGUUCCACUAGAAACUUUAGACAAGAAAGUUACUGAAUCAAAGAUAUAAUAAUUAUUUAAUGUACAGAUUUCUUUUAUUAAUUGUUGAAUAAACUGGACUUAA